AUGAAGAUUAUCAACUCGCUCGAAAAGGGCCGUCUCGCUGACGCUGCGCUUUUUGCUACGAGUGUUCGCCCCUCCGAUGUGGAACAUACGGAGCCCAUUCUGUCAUCGGAUUCGCCUGGCACAGAGCUUCAGGUUCACAAAGCCGCCUUUUUCUUCCGGUUGGAGCGUGAACUGGAGAAGAUCAAUGCGUUCUACCUGCAGAAAGAGUCGGAGCUGCGCUCCCGUCUGACGACGCUGAUCUCAAAGAAGCGCCACUUAAUUGCACUUGCCACUCGCGCGACGUCGGAUGGCACCCAUUCGAUGCGCCUUACGCGCGACACGCCUUCCUUGGUAGCGCUGCUGGAGGGUUUUCGCUACUUUGAGAAGGACCUUGCAAAGCUGCAGCAGUUUAUCGAAAUUAACGCUACCGGCUUCCGCAAGAUCCUGAAAAAGUGGGACAAGCGCUUCAAGUCGCAGACCAAAGAGCUUUACCUAGAGCGCCAGGUCGAAUUUAUUGCCGAAAUGAGCGAUAUUGCCUCUGCCAGCAUCCUGCAGCUGGAGAGCCUAGCUGAUGGCCAUCCCCUGCCCGUCACACAGUUCAAGGGCGAGACGGCGUUGCUACGCGGCAGCCUUCCUUCCACAGCGACGAACCUGCCGAAUGCCAUGCUUCUGGCCGAUGGCGACGACGCCGUGGAAGGACUUGUAUUCGAUUCCGAGCGCCCCCUGGACUUUGAAGCGGCACGCAAGUCUGACGCCAAAGACCAUGCGAUGGCGCAGCUGGAGGAGCAGCUGACGACCGCUGUGCGUGAGGGCCGCACGCAGGAAACGCGCCAGCUGCUAGACCAGGCGCGCACACAGGCGGCCGAGUUUGAGCUCGCUGAUGAGUCGACGCCUAUUAACUCGGGUGUGAUGCACCAGCUGUGGCGUGCGCUUGUCUCGGCACCACCGGAGGCGGUGCAGGCUGCGAUCGAUGCUGGCCUUCCUGACUACCAGUUUGUCGACGACAUCAACGCGCGCACCGCCCUGCACAUAAGCACACUCGCAGGACAGCUUGAGUUGGCACGAGCAUGUAUCACGCACGGUGUUGACUCGCGCCGCUGCGACGUGUAUGGACGCGAAGCGCUGGCGUACGCGGCCAUGCUGGGCUUGACUGACUUGUGCGAGUACCUGCUUUCACUGCCCGAGUCGCAGGAGCACAGCGAUGAUAUCAUCAACCGGGUCGAUAUGGACGGCUUCUCUGUGCUAGUCCAUGCGAUUGUUCGUGGCCAUACGCAUAUUGUGCGUGCGCUGCUCGACUUCGCGCAGCGCACCGGUGCCGAGCUGCGAGGCAAGACCGAAUUUAGCGAUUUGUCGCCGCUGGCGAUUGCGGCGCAGCGCGGCCAUGUGGAAAUUACGCGUCUUCUGCUGGAGCGCGGUGCCAAGUCGGAGGUGAAUGCAGAGGGCCUGCUGCCGCAGACGCUCGCUGCGCGUGCUGGCCAUACCGAAUGCCUGCGGUUGCUCAUUGCAGCCAAGGCGGAUGUUAACGCGGUCGAAAAAGGCACGCAGUGUACGCCACUGUUUUAUGCGGCAGAGUUUGGCCACGCAGCGUGUGUGGAAAUGCUGCUGGCCGCUGGGGCCUCGAUCGACCACGUGGACGAAAAGGGGCGCCAUGCCCUGUUCUACGCAGCGUGGCACGGCUGGCGUGAGUGUACGCAAAUGCUUCUUGCCGCGCACAGGGCCGCCGAGGCGGCGCAGGCGCCGGCAGGGGCGGAGAAGAGCGCCUCAGAGGCUGCGUCUGAUGCGCCAAUGGACGACCUUGACCAGGAGUUAGACGGUAUCCCUUCGCUGCACCUGCCGCCACCCAUUAUUCCAUUCCGCACGUAUGGUCACAACUACCUGGACAAGCGCACCCUGCUGUGCCUGAACCUGACCAACAGCUCGAUAACACUGCACCACCGGUCCGGGGGUGAGCGCAUUGAGAUGGGCAGCGGUCUGCUGUCGUCGCUCAAGCUUGUCCUGACGCCACGCCAGGCGGGCGGUGGCGUCCAGGCCGGCAUCCCCCACACACUGAUCCUUCCGCUGGCCGACGACCGCGAAGAGGUCUCGUUCCAGAUUGCUGACAUGGAGUCGUUCUACCUCGAGUUGGAACUGUUCCCGACAUUUGGCUCGGCACGGAUUGCCAAGACGGUACUGCUUCCUGAUGUGCUGAAUGGCCUGCAGAACCGCACGCAACUGCAGCUCCCGUUGUUUGACUGGCACCUCAACGCUGUGGGGCACAUCAAUGUGGUCGUGGAGAGCGUCUGUCCAUACGGAACGGUGCAGCUGCAGAUCGGUGGUCGCGUGGAGACCUACUGGAAGAGCACGCUGCCAGGCAGCAACCAACCCCUGACUAUUUCGCCGCCUUCGCAGGGCGCGGCCGCACACGAUGCGCACGACAUGGCAUCGUAUGUGACUGCAUCGUCUCUUUCUGGCGACUAUCUGCGGGUGCAGGUGCGCUUCACGAAGGAUACAGUGCCUGUGGUCUGUGCUACGGAGCGUCUCCCCGUUGAUGUGUGGGCGCCGACGGUCUCGCAGGUUACAGCGGCCGAGUUUGCUACGAUUGCAACACACACUGGGCACGAGUGGCACGUUCGCGACGAAGACACGGGUCGGAGCAUGGCGGAAUGGAGUGCCAAGCUGCGUGGUGCCCUGGUGUCGCUCGAGACACUCCUUUCGACACUCCCCUUGCACAUUGGCCUUGCGCUUGAGGUGGUGCUCGACGACGCGGAUUGUGCACCGAUCAACCCUUGCAUUGACGCCACGCUGCACGCCGUAUACGAUGCAGCUGGGCGGGAGAAGAAGCGCCGCCGUUUGUUCUUCGGCAGCGCGGUGCCGAGCGCUUGUGUGGCGCUCAACUGGAAGCAGCCGAACUAUGCGGUAUUUUUCAUCAACCACGCUACCCUCGACGCGGAUGCGGCUGUGUCGAUGCUGCCGAGCGACGCCGAUCCUCGGCAGUCGAGCGUGGCCGAGGCGGUUCGCUUCGCGAAAGGCAACAAUCUCUUGGGUGUCAUGCUUGACACGGCGCUGCUCGAGUCUGUGCCUGAGCUUAUCCCAGCCAUCAAGGCGGCGAGCCUUGUGCUCAUUACGCUGAGCCGCCCGAGCCCAUCUAUGUCACAAUCGUCGUCGCUGAAUGGUGCACCCCGCCUCCUUGGACCGCCUGCGCUGCCCUGCCAGGACCUCUUUGACGGGUUCCUGGAUGACGACGUCGUGGAAUGCAUCAAGUAA